GAAUGAGGACAGAGCAGGGUGCUAUGAGGAACAGAUUCACAAGUUGGUCUAAAGCUUGAAGUACCUCAACUCAUUCCAUCUUCGUCCACGAAAACAACCAAUCACGCAGGGACCAUGGUUAUGAUGAAGCUCUCUGCCCUCCUCAUUGCCUAUUUCCUGGUCAUUUGUCAGAUGUACAGCUCACAUGCAGCUCCAGCCAGAACUGGUUUAGAGUCCAUGACAGACCAAGUCACGCUAACUGACUAUGAAGCCCGAAGGCUACUCAACGCCAUCGUCAAGGAGUUUGUUCAAAUGACUUCAGAGGAACUGGAGCAACAAGCCAAUGAAGGAAAUAGCCUGGAUAGACCCAUGUCCAAGCGUUGCUCCAACCUCAGCACCUGUGUGCUGGGCAAACUGUCACAAGAGCUGCACAAAUUGCAGACGUACCCCCGCACCAACACGGGAAGUGGCACGCCUGGCAAGAAACGCAGCUUGCCUGAGAGCAACCGCUAUGCAAGCUAUGGAGACUCAUAUGAUGGAAUCUGAGCGGUCCUCCCCUCCAUCAGCCCUAGUUAACCUGACCCCUCUGUUCCAGCCUAGCCUGAUGAUUGCUGAUGCAUGUGAAUCUUGCUUGACCGACUGCAGAGAAACCUUGAUGUCCCGCAAUGUCCCUGCUCUCUUUUUCUUUAGUUAAAAUCCCCCUUUUUGACAGAGAAUAAAAUAUAUAAGUACAAAGCAGAGUCCAAUCCUUUAGAUUUAGAAAGUGAAUAAUGAUUUAGAUUCACUUCCCUAUCUUAAGGUGUAUGAUAUCCCUUUACUAUACAGAUCAUUCACAAUAUUUAAAAGUGUUAAUCAAAACAAAAAUCUUAAUCAAUGCUUCUUUCAACCGUGACUAGGGUUCUUGUUUAAUAAACAUAUUUUUUUAUGCCAG